CAGCCUCACACAGGCCCAGGCUUAGCGAGGAGGAGAAUAGGGAGGUUCAGGCAAGGGGAGCGGCCUACAUAUCACGGCCCGCCUGGCUGUUUACAUCCCCGGCCCGGGCAAGUAGGCGAGCACGCAAGAAGCCACUUGUCAGGCCGUGACAGCGUCACUGGACUUAACAGGCGUCUGAAGUGUGGGGAAAGCCGACAUGAGACCAGGGAUUUCUGUCCCUGAGUCAUGGCAGACAGAAGACUAGAGAAUUUUUGUGAAGAAGCAUGUGAAUCGCUCAGAAGGCAGGAAUAUGAAGCAACAGUGACUCAUUGCACAGAUGCACUCUUGACACUAAGUCACAUCAAAGCAACCCAACCCGAUUCCAAUCAAACAGAACUCAACCGCAUCAAGAUUGAAAGUCUCCUUUAUAGAAUUGCCUCUUUUUUACAACUUAAAAACUAUGAUCAAGCUGAUGAAGAUUGUAAGCACGUUUUGGGCCCUGGGAGGGCACGUGUGGAUGGCACUGUGCACACAGUACUUUGCUGUAUGCACCUGGAAGGGAAGCUGCAGACUGUGUCUAGUGUGCUCACCAAAUCUCUGGUUGGAGAACCACUGAAUGGGAUGGUAACUAAGGAUCUAAGUCGAUUAAAAACUCUUCUUGCUGAAAUAGAGAAUGCAAGUAACACAGUUCGAUCAAAUUACCAUCAUGAUGAUCUGGAGGAUGGGACCUCAGAUGGGUGGCAGUUUCGGCCCCCACCUCGGGGAGUUACAAGCAGCGAAGAGUACACAUUAUGUAAAAGGUUCCUAGAGCAGGGCAUCUGUAGGUAUGGAGCACAGUGUACAUCUGCACAUUCCCAAGAAGAGCUGGCAGAAUGGCAGAAAAGAUAUGCCUCCCGAUUAAUCAAGCUGAAGCAACAGAAAGAAAAUACACAGUUUUCAGGAAGUUACAUGGAAUCAUUAAUAGAAAAAUGGAUGAAUUCGUUAUCACCCGAAAAAGUGCUCAGUGAAAUGCUUGAUGGAGUAAGAGUGGAAUACACCCCAGAACUAUCCAUAACUGUUACCACCAAAAAGUCUCAUCAGACGUGGACAUUUCUUCUUACUUGUAAGCCGGCCAGAAUGCUUCAUCGGGUUGCGUUGCUGUACGAUGCUCACAGACCUCAUUUCAGUAUUGUUGCAAUAUCAGCUGGAGAUGGCAACUCUCAAUUAUCACAGGAAGUUGCAGAAAGCUGCCAGGAAUGGGUGGGGGAGAAGAUUACCCAGAAUGGGCUUGACCAUUGCAUUUACAAAGUAGUUAUAGCAUUUAAUACGGAGAUCUUUGGAACGUUCCGACAAACCGUAGUUUUUGAUUUUGGAACAGAACCGGUGCUAAUGCAGAGAAUUAUGGUAGAUGCUGCUUCUACUGAAGACCUUGAAUACUUGAUGCAUGCCCGACAGCAGCUGCUAACCACUGCAAAGCGUUGGGACUCAAUGUCCAAGACUAUUGUAGAAUUUGAACCUAAUGAAACUACUGAAUUAGAGAGGAGCCUUCUCAAUCGAUACCAAAUCCCUCUCUCUGCUGAUCAGCUGUUUACACAGUCUGUCCUGGACAAAUCACUGACCAAGUCCAACUAUCAGUCUCGGUUGCAUGACCUUCUUUACAUUGAGGAAAUAGCACAGUUUAAAGAAGUCAGCAAGUUCAACAUAAAAGUGCAAUUGCAGCUGGUGGCAAGCUUCAUGCUCACUGGUGUUUCUGGAGGUGCAAAAUAUGCCCAAAAUGGACAACUCUUUGGACGCUUUAAAUUGACCGAAACCCUUUCUGAAGAUACUUUGGCUGGGAGGCUUGUUAUGACCAAAGUCAAUGCUGUUUAUUUAUUGCCAGUUGCUAAGGAGAAGUCACCACAGAGCCAGGGAACCAAAGAGAAGGUUUUUGAAGCAGUUAUUGAGGAGAAAACAAAGGAUUACAUCUUUCUUAGAAUAUGCAAGGACUGUUGUGAGGAGCUUCGGCUUCGCUCUGACAGGGAAAUGCAGGUUGAACUCCAGUUCCAGCUGAACAGGCUACCACUCUGUGAAAUGCAUUAUGCACUGGACAGGGUCAAGGACAAUAGCAUUCUUUUUCCAGAUCUCAGCAUGACUCCCCCUAUACCAUGGAGUCCAAACAGACAGUGGGAUGAGCUUUUGGAUCCGCGAUUAAAUGCAAAGCAGAAGGAAGCUAUCUUGGCCAUCACAACACCCCUUUCAGUCCAACUGCCCCCUGUCCUCAUCAUUGGUCCUUACGGGACAGGCAAAACAUUCACUCUGGCUCAGGCUGUAAAGCACAUCCUUAAACAGCAAGAGACCAGGGUUCUUAUCUGCACACAUUCUAAUAGUGCUGCUGACCUCUAUAUAAAGGACUAUUUACAUCCUGAUGUUGAAACAGGAAAUACCCAGUCAAGACCACUCAGGGUGUAUUUCAGAAAUCGAUGGGUGAAAACAGUGCAUCCAGUUGUGCAUCAGUACUGUCUAAUAUCCAGCACACAUGCCACUUUUCAGAUGCCUCAGAAGGAGGACAUUUUGAGGCAUAGAGUAGUAGUGGUUACCUUAAGUACAUCCCAGUAUCUGUGCCAGUUGGAUCUUGAACCUGGAUUUUUUACUCACAUUUUGUUAGAUGAGGCUGCCCAAGCCAUGGAAUGUGAAACAAUCAUGCCUCUUGCUUUGGCAAAUAAAAACACCAGAAUUGUCCUAGCGGGAGAUCAUAUGCAACUCAGUCCUUUUGUCUACAGUGAAUUUGCCAGAGAGAGAAAUCUUCAUGUCUCAUUGCUUGACCGUUUAUAUGAGCAUUACCCAGUAGACUUUCCAUGCAGGAUCCUGCUGUGUGAAAACUAUCGCUCUCAUGAAGCUAUCAUCAACUACACCUCCGAGCUGUUCUAUGAAGGCAAGCUGAUGGCCAGUGGGAAGCAACCAGCACAUAAAGAAUUCUAUCCUCUCACUUUCUUCACUGCAAGAGGGGAAGAUGUCCAAGAGAAGAACAGCACAGCUUUUUACAACAAUGCUGAGGUCUUUGAAGUGGUGGAACGUGUGGAAGAGUUGAGGAGAAAAUGGCCAGUGUCUUGGGGCAAGCUAGACGAUGGCAGCAUUGGAGUAGUGACUCCCUAUGCUGAUCAAGUGUUCAGGAUUCGUGCAGAGCUACGGAAGAAGCGUCUCUCUGAGGUCAGCGUGGAGAGAGUGCUAAAUGUGCAGGGGAAGCAGUUCAGAGUGUUGUUCCUCAGCACAGUCCGAACACGGCACACCUGUAAACACAAGCAAACACCAAUCAAAAGGAAGGAACAGCUGUUGGAAGAUUCCACUGAAGAUCUGGAUUAUGGUUUCCUUUCUAAUUACAAACUCCUCAACACUGCCAUCACUCGGGCCCAGUCUUUAGUGGCCGUAGUGGGAGAUCCCAUUGCUCUCUGCUCUAUUGGACGAUGCAGGAAGUUUUGGGAGCAGUUCAUAACAAUUUGUCAUGAAAAUAAAAGUCUUCACGGCAUCACAUUUGAGCAAAUUAAAUCUCAACUAGAGGCCUUAGAGUUAAAGAAGACCUAUGUUCUCAAUCCACUGGCUCCAGAAUUUAUUCCACGGGCGCUAAGGCAGCAGCACUCAGGGAACGCCUCCAAGCAGCAACAGUCUCCUCCAAAGGGGAAAGGCCAUCACAAUCAAAAUGACCACUUCCAAGGUGAUGGACUUGUUCAACCGAAUCCAUCUGUUCUUAUUGGCAAUCCCAUCCGAGCAUACACACCUCCAAUGGCACCUCACACAAACAUGGGAAAAUCUCCUAGCCCAGUGCAGAGAAUAGAUCCACAUACUGGCGCUAGUAUUCUCUACGUUCCUGCUGUGUACGGAGGCAACAUGGUUAUGUCUGUGCCUUUAACUGUGCCAUGGCCGAACUACCAGAACAGGUUUCCUGUUGACCCACGCAUCAUGACUCAUCCAGCUAUGGCAUAUAAUAUGAACCUCCUCCAAGCACAUGGGCGAGGAUCUCCUAUUUCAUUUGGGAUUGGUCAACACUCGCCGGUUAAUGCUGGUCAGCAACAGACGCAACAGCAGCUUCCAAACUCCGACAAGGAGCAACAUGAACAAAUUCGGAAUGGUAAAAGUGAAAACAAUUCAGGACUGGAAAUAAAUAAGCUACGCACGCCAGAGAAAACGCCUCCAGACUCCAAACAGGUUGAUUUGGACCCAAAUGCACAAACAAGAAGUCCAGAAUCUCGAGCCAACGCUGGUUUUCUUAAUCCUAAAUUUCAUCGUAAAGAUAACUCUAGUCAAAGACAUUUGAAUGUCCACCUCACUCCUCCCCAUCCACAGUACCCCAUUCCAAGCCGUCACUACCAACAUUUGCCUCCGUUACAAAGACCACCAUAUUCUUUACAACAGCAGCAAAACCUACUAGCCCAGCAACAAAAUCAUUUGUCGGAACUGCAAAACCAAAUACCUCCUCAACAGAGCCACAUGGUUCAGCAGCAGAACCAUUUAAAUCAGCAACCUCCAUCACAAGCUUCCCAGCUAUCUCCUGCUUUCCAGCCAAGUCCCAACCACUCCUUUUUCAACAGCCCAAUUCCCCACCGGUCUCAUUCUCCCAGUGUAGAUGGACUUAUCCCAGAGCAACCUCCUCCUCCAAUGCUGCAAGAUGUCAAUAACCCUCUUAGGUCUGUUGCCCAACACAAUUCUUUGUUGUCUUCACAUAUGAACAGUUUUAUUGAAGACGGCCAUCCAGGGAUGGGUACUGGGGAACCUUUAGAUCGCUUGCAUGGAAAUGUAGCCUUGGAAACAUUAAGGCAGCAGCAACAGACAAGGUUGCAACAGUGGAGUGAGCAGAAUGCAUUUCUCAGUCAAGGUGGCAUUCCGUAUCCACACCACCCUCAUCCUCAUCUACAGCAUCUCCCCCAGCAAACAAUGGGAAUACCACAACAGCAAUUAGUUAGGCCAAACUGGAAAAUAUCCCAUAAUACAGAGGAGGAAUCUGAAGCAGCUUAUUCCAGGUUCCAGGAAUUUUUACGUGAACUGUCCCACCAUGAUCAGGGUGAGAAUAGAGAGAUAACGGAAAUGCCUCCUCCCCAGUCUAGACUGUUACAGUACAGACAGAUCCAGCCAAGAAGUCCACCAGCACUCGCUUCCCCUUCCUCCAACAGCAGUCACUAUCCCAACUUUACUGAAAACAGAGACCUGGAUAUACCCAACAAUCCCUCUUAUCCACAACACGUGACUCAUAUGUACAACAACCCGUACCCCUUGCCAUCUGGGCACGUAACCCCACCACCCCUAAAAUACCUGCAGCAUGAUGGAUCGUGGACGUAUGCUAACUUUCAGCAAAAUCCUUUAAUGGGACAGGGUUUUCAUUAUGGCAUGUCCCCUCUGCAGCACAGACCAACACAAAACCCAUUCAUUCAACUACAAAACCAUCAGCAAGCAGUUGGUCAGGAAUCAUUUCACCCCCCUUCAUCAAGAGCAGUCUCCACUUCUUCACUCCACAGUUUAGAAGAGUAUGAACCAAGAGGACCUGGCAGGCCAUUGUACCAAAGACGAAUUUCAGCUAGUUCAGCGCAUGCUGGUUCUGAAGAUUUAGGAAUUUCUCAAGAAAGCCUAGGUCAAUGUAAAGAGCUUCAAGAGCAUAGCAACCAACCUUCAUACAACUAUUCAUCACCUGAGUUAUGGGUUAAUGCUCCCUCAUCUGUCCCCUAUCAGAACAUUCCAUGCAAUGGAUCCAGCAGACCAGGACAAUCCAGGGAUUUGUUAGUUGCUCCACCGAAAAUGGUGAAACCUCCUGAGGAUCACCUGAAGAAUGAAAACAUCCAGCUAUCUAACUCUUUCAACUACAACGUUCUGCAGCAUCUUGGCCAGUUCCCACCUCUCAUGCCCAACAAACAGAUAGUUGAUUCUAAUGGGACUGGGGCUGUGCAGCAGAGUAUUGGUGGCAACAAACCUGCUAUGUCUUAUGCGAGUGCUUUGCGUGCUCCUCCAAAACCCAAACCCCCUCCCGAACAGGCAAAAAAGAAUAGUGAUCCUUUGUCUUUGUUUCAGGAACUUAGCUUAGGGAGUUCAUCAGGUAGCAAUGGUUUUUAUUCAUAUUUUAAAUAACUACCCUUUCCUUUUGGUUUAAUAUUACAACUCUUCAUUA